AGCUUUAGCGCUGCCAAAAUGAAACGCCCCUUCCACUCCCUCAUCAUUUCUCUCAUCCUAACAUCUGUGUUUGGGAACGACGGCCUGGUGGAUCAGCUUGAGAAAGGAGGGGAAGAUUCUAAGUCUGUGGAUCCCCAAUGGGGGCAGUUAAAUAGCAAAAACCUGAGUAUGCCCCUUCUCCCUGCUGACUUCCACAAGGAAAACACGGUCACCAACGACUGGAUCAUAGAGGGGGAGGAGGAUGAGGAUUAUCUGGAUCUGGAGAAGAUAUUCAGUGAAGAUGAUGACUACAUCGACAUCAUUGACGCGGUUUCACCGACAGAUUCAGAGGCCAGUGCUGGGAACAUCCUCCAGCUCUUCCAAGGCAAGAGCCGGAUCCAGCGUCUUAACAUCCUUAAUGCAAAGUUUGCUUUCAACCUUUACCGAGCACUGAAGGAGCAGGCCAAGCCUUUUGACAACAUUUUCAUAGCCCCUGUGGGCAUUUCUACGGCCAUGGGAAUGAUUUCCUUGGGCCUGCAGGGAGAGACUCAUGAACAAGUGCACUCGAUUUUGCAUUUUAAAGACUUUGUCAAUGCCAGCAGCAAGUAUGAGAUCACGACCAUUCACAAUCUCUUCCGUAAACUGACUCAUCGCCUCUUCAGGAGGAAUUUUGGGUACACACUGCGGUCAGUCAAUGACCUCUACGUCCAGAAGCAAUUUCCAAUUCUGGAUGACUUCAAAAUUAAAGUAAGAGAGUACUACUUUGCAGAGGCCCAGGCAGCUGACUUCUCAGACCCUGCCUUCAUAUCGAAAACCAAUAACCACAUUCUGAAGCUCACCAAGGGCCUCAUAAAAGAUGCUCUGGAGAAUAUAGACCCAGCUACGCAGAUGAUGAUUCUAAACUGCAUCUACUUUAAAGGAUCCUGGGUGAAUAAAUUCCCAGUGGAAAUGACCCACAACCACAACUUCCGGCUGAAUGAAAGAGAGGUAGUUAAGGUUUCCAUGAUGCAGACCAAGGGGAACUUCCUGGCAGCAAAUGACCAGGAGCUGGACUGCGAUGUCCUACAGCUGGAGUAUGUGGGGGGCAUCAGCAUGCUAAUUGUGGUCCCACACAAGCUGUCUGGGAUGAAGACCCUGGAGACACAGCUGACGCCCCAGGUGGUGGAGAGAUGGCAAAAAAGCAUGACAAAUAGAACGAGAGAGGUUCUCCUGCCUAAAUUCAAGCUGGAGAAGAACUAUAAUCUGGUGGAGGCCCUGAAGUCAAUGGGGGUCACAGCACUGUUUAACAAAAACAGCAACAUGGCGGGAAUCUCAGGCCACAGGAUCAUCAUCGACCUGUUCAAGCAUCAAGGUAUCAUCACAGUGAAUGAGGAGGGCACUCAAGCUGCUGCCGUGACCACAGUGGGGUUCAUGCCGCUGUCCACCCAAGUCCGCUUUACUGUCGACCGCCCCUUCCUGUUCCUCAUCUAUGAGCACCGCACCAGCUGCCUGCUCUUCAUGGGGAGAGUUGCAAACCCCACCAAGUCUUAAAGGUGGAGGUCUGGGCAUUUCAAGUGUUUUGGGGGCAUUCUAUAAUUCUGUUUCCACCCUAUCAAUGAGAAUGGAGAUGUUUUGGCAUCAUGACUUUUGUGGUUUAUCCUACCAUUCUGAAAUCAAGGCCCAUAUGAGAAAAGAAAUUUACAAACAACUGAAAAGCUUGCUGGAAUCAAUUCUGCAUAGUGAACAAUGCCGUCAGUUCAUAGAAGUAAAUGUUCCUGUGGCGAGUCAGCCGUUACCUAGAGGGUGUCAGCAACAUACAGACUGGCUCCUCAGAGCAAACCACUGGGGGCCUCCCUGGGCACCUCCUUCCCCUGCAGUACCCAUCUUUGCAUAUCUGGCUCUAUUACUCAAAGCCUUUCUCACCCAGGGCUCCUCAUCUGAACACAGAACACAGAAGUGAGCUGCACGACUAAUUUUUCACCUCUCCCAACGAUGGUGCACAGCUAGCACCAUUCCCGAUGCCCAGGGGAAAAGUGACCUCCUGACAUUCAAGGGGUGCCCUGGGCAUUAGGGCUUAAUUUUCUCAAGGCCCAACCUUCUGAACUGAUGCUAAAUCUGUACUCCUGCUGUCACCUCACUGCUGCCCAGAGGACAGUGUGUACACGCGGCCAUGCCUUCCACCCUAGAGAUAAAUAAAUAUCACCACUUUUACUGUG